CUCAAUACGAGUAUUCAUAUAUGUAUAUAUAGUUCUGGGGAAGCUACGUAUGCGGGUGAAUAUCUACGAGCAGGCUUCAGUUCCGAUGCAACGUAUAUAAAAGUGAUGUUGAGCGUGUCAGUACGUAGCACAGCAUUAGAGUACAGUGCAGACUGAUUGACAAUACUCUCUUUAUACUCGAGCUCAUGGAUGCGUCGUAUUUCUAUUGCUUGGCGAUUCUAUCUUUCUUCACGAUAUUUCUGUCGAUGCCUUCGUCGUCGUCACGAGUAUCAAAAUCUCAACCGGUUAGUUUUUGUCGCGACGACUUUCUCGUGGCCGUCAACGAAGACUUGCCAAUAUCGAAUAGCACGAGAGCGUUGAGUAGUAGAAGGAGUUUGGUAAACUUUACAAAAGAACGCGUCGGUCGACACGAACUGCUCAGAUUUCAAUCCCACGACGGGCAAUGGGUCAUACGCACGUGGGACGGCAGCCAUCUGGCUAUGGAAAACGAUGGAAGAUUGACCGUCAAGACUGGAUGUGUGACGACCACGUUUCUUCGACUGGUUUCGUUCGACGAUCUGUUGAGCUGCUUUGAGGGUAUUAGUUGUAAAAUGAUUUUAUGUGCGACGUCACUUUCUACUGGAGCCUCAUUUAUUGUCAAACGAGACGACCAAGCUGUCCGAGUGUCUUCAGGUGAAUGCAAAAGUUAUCAAAAAUUCAAAGAAUCGGAAACACUAAAGCGUCUACAAAAAUCCGGUCAAGACAGAUAUUUUGAAAUUACUUUCUUGAUUGCCAACUCUGAGAGCGUGAAGACAAUGCUGGUGCCCGGUUUGAAACGACUGUGUCCGAGAACAUUUGACCCUACUGCGACGGUGUCUUACGAGCGAUGCGCUGCGUCUGUGAAAUAACGAGAGAUGACAGUUGCAAUGAGUCGUGUUGUGAAGAUUUGAUCGAAUAUUAUAGUAGAAUGCGCGUGUUUUGUCGUUUGCCUUUGUAGCGUUUGUAGUGUGUGUUUGCUAGCUAGGUAGCAUGUUUGGCUUUUUAAAAUGUUUGUCUAAUUUUAGUUAUUCUUUGCUAAGAUCGGUAACAACUCAGGCUGGCAGUGGCAUAUGGCUAGAGAGUCCUGGCGACAUGCACAAGCCUCCAAAUGUUAUCCAUUGACUUUUA